AACAAGUGUGGAUAAGUAGAUAACGGUUUAUACUUUAUACAACUUCUUUACUCUUUAAAGAAAGAAAAAAUAAGUUGCCGUUAACUCCACAAGCUGAAGAGAAACACACCCACUAAAAAAUGAAGGCUUCAAAUUCCAUCAUCACAAAAUCUUUUCAUCUUCAUCGACCCACCACCUUCAAAUUCCACCAUUUUCAUCAAACCCAGUUACCCAAUUUUCAUAAUGACAAAAAGAUUAGAUUUUUUAGGGUUUGUUGUAAAAUCCAAGUACCACAAAAUAAGAGCAACAAACCCAUUUCCCAGAAAAUUGUAAUUUCUGAUAAAGCUCCAUCUUUGAAUGAACAAGAAGAAGAUAAGGAGGGUGGGGAAAUUCCUCCACCUCCCAAAAAACCAAAUUCUUCAGUAAAUAAGUUAGUGAAGAGAGUACCUCAAAAAGUUUUGACUGCUUUGUCAAAUUUACCACUUGCUAUUGGAGAAAUGUUUGCAAUUGCUGGUCUUAUGGCUAUUGGGACUUUCAUUGAUCAAGGUGAGGCUCCCGAUUUCUAUUUUGAAAGAUUCCCUGAAGAUCAUCCUGUGUUGGGAUUCUUUACUUGGAGGUGGAUUUUAAACCUAGGGUUCGACCACAUGUUCUCAUCGCCAAUUUUCCUUGGAACAUUGGGACUCUUGGCAGCAUCUCUAAUGGCCUGCACUUACACGACACAAAUUCCCCUGGUUAAGGUCGCACGAAGAUGGAAUUUCUUAAAGUCAGCAGAGGCCAUUUGCAAGCAGGAAUUUUCGGAGAAACUGCCCAGAGCCUCAGUUCAAGAUUUAGGUGUUGUUCUUAUGGGGGGUGGAUAUGAGGUAUUCUCAAAAGGACCAUAUUUGUAUGCUUUCAAGGGCCUGGCUGGCCGGUUUGCCCCAAUUGGAGUUCACCUGGCUAUGAUAUUAAUUAUGAUCGGUGCAACUCUUAGUGCAACCGGGAGCUUCAGAGGUUCUGUUAAUGUCCCUCAAGGAUUAAAUUUUGUUGUGGGCGAUGUGCUCAAUCCAAGUGGGUUCCUCUCAAAUCCUACUGAAGCUUUCAACACGGAAAUACAUGUUAAUAGAUUCUCUAUGGACUAUUAUGAGAGCGGAGAGGUAUCACAAUUUCACUCUGAUCUCUCUCUAUUUGACCUUAAUGGGAAGGAGGUGAUGAGAAAAACAAUAAGCGUGAAUGAUCCUCUGAGGUAUGGAGGAUUUACCAUCUACCAAACAGAUUGGGGCUUCUCCGCUUUGCAGGUUCUCAGGAAUGGUGAAGGACCUUUCAAUUUGGCUAUGGCUCCUCUAAAGCUGAAUGGUGACAAAAAACUUUAUGGAACUUUCCUGCCUGUUGGGAAUGAUGACUCUGAGAACGUGAAGGGAAUAUCAAUGCUUGCUCGUGAUCUACAAUCAAUUGUCUUGUACGAUCAAGAAGGAAAAUUUGUGGGGAUUCGACGGCCAAACUCGAAUCUUCCAAUUGACAUUGAUGGCAAUAAGAUUGUUAUUUUAGACGCCAUAGGAACUACGGGCCUCGAAUUAAAGAUUGAUCCUGGAGUACCCAUUGUAUAUGCUGGAUUUGGUGCUCUAAUGCUCACAACGUGCAUCAGCUAUUUAUCUCAUGCACAGAUAUGGGCUUUACAAGACGGAACAACAGUGGUAAUUGGGGGAAAGACAAAUCGUGCAAAGGGGGAAUUCCCAGAUGAAAUGAACCGAUUGCUUGAUCGAGUGCCAGAGCUAGUGGAAAAAUCUCAAACUACACCAUCUGGUAGCAUGAGUGGGUAACUUGCACAUGAAAUACAGUAAUCAGCAUACCAAAUUGAACAUUUUGGGGUGAACGAUAGAAGCUUAGCUCGACAUGAUUCAAAGUAUAGCAUUAAGAGCGCUUACUGCAACUCGACAUCAAUUGCAAGCAAUCAAAGUCUAUGCGCUCUCAUUGAUGAUUUUGGUCCAUAGAUAGUUGUCAAUCUUUUGGGAGUUGGUUCUUGUGGUAUUUGAAGCUUGAGCAAGAAUUUAUCUCAGGUUCUGAAGUCAGUUUAUUUUUCUUCUUAUGUGUUAAUGUAAUACAUACAUAUACCAAGGGUCUACUAGUUGUAUAUUCGGAAGAACUAAUAUAUACAUGAAGGUUGAUAAACUAUUAUACAAAGUUCUUCACUA